GGUAGCCUAAUAGUAAAAAAUAAUCUAUCCUAUGGACUGGACUGACAUGACCCUUCUGACAAAUGUCCCUACGCCUUCCGUCGGCUUGAGCUACCAUACAGACGUCAGUGACUGUAUGCUACCGUGAAGAUGGCGGAGGCUGCGGCGGCACCACAAAACCGUUUUUUCUGUCACUGUUGUAAAGGUGAAAUCGACCCUAAACUCCCGGAAUUCACAUGCCCCAGGUGUCAGUCCGAUUUCAUUGAGGAGGUGACAGAAGACUCCAGUCUCUUGGAGAACAGCAGCACUGCAGAGGCCAAUGAUGAUGCAGGCACACUCUUUUCAGAGCUGUGGCAGCUGCUGUUUAUGGAACACUCUGCUCUUCUCUCGGACCCCUCCACCUCUGAGUCUGACCAGAGCCAUCUACAGGCUGCUGCAGUGGAGGGAGACGUAGAGGGCCCUUCUGAAGUGCCUGUGGCCUCUGUGGGAGGCACAGAUCCUUUAGUGCCUGAACCGGAACGCCCCUCUCAUCCGCCUAGCCAGGGGAGGCGACAGUCCCACACGCCAGCAGUGGAGGGUAUUGUGCAGCAGUUUUUGGCUGGUCUGUUUGCCAACAAUGGAAAUCCUGGCAUCGCACCAGCUGCACUGUCUGGCAUGCUCCAUUCAAAUCCAGGGGACUAUGCCUGGGGUCAGGGAGGUCUAGACGCAGUUAUCACAGAGUUGUUAGGUCAGUUUGAGGGCACAGGUCCACCUCCUGCAGAGAAGGAGAUGAUCUCAUCCCUCCCCACAGUCAACGUCUCUCAAGAACAGACAGAUAGCAGACUGGAGUGUCCAGUAUGUAGGGAGGAGUACUCCAUGGGAGAGUCUGUCAAACAGCUGCCCUGCCUCCAUUAUUUCCACAGUGACUGCAUAGUGCCAUGGCUUGAACUGCACGAUACUUGUCCUGUGUGUCGUAAAAGUCUUGACGGCAUCGACCAGAGCAUCCAGCCCCCACCAGAACCCCCAGAGACCCUCUCCAUCAGGACAGACCCUCAGGAGGAGAGACAGGCUAUUUGAGGAUUAGGCCUCCCUCUCUUCGACCUGUCUGGCAUCUCUUCUUCCCUUUACUCCUGAACGAGGCUCAUCUCUAUCCUCAUGCCUCGUCUUUGACCAUGCGUUUAUUGAAGAGACAUAUUUCAAUUCAACUGUGCCUCAUUGUCAAAAUUCAACUCUGCUCAAAAAUUCACUUCACAAUGCAUUUACUAGGAAACUUUGUUUGACUUUAGAAAGUUCCAAUAUGCCUGCAGUAUCACCUCACCUGCAAAUGGUUCCAACUGUUUUCUGACAAAAUGUUAUGGAUUCCAUUUGUCCCUUCGUAGUGGUAUUUCCCCCAGUGUUCUGAUUGGCUCUCAUUUUGUAUUCAAACCACAUGAAAUGACAUCCUUGAGCCACAGAGAAGUGACAAAUGUGAUGAAAUGAGAUAAAUUGGGGAAAAUCCUAAAAGGUGAGCUGAACUCACUCUCUAGCGUUGAAGCUCUGGGUUAGAUCAUUUGCCCACUGUUCUCGCCGACAUCUUUGGUUGCAUCCCAAUAAUCUCUCCUUUCUCCUGAAGGGUACACUUGUUCACUUCAUGGAUUUGAAAGGAAAUUACUGGUAUAUGGAAACUCCUUCCAGUCCAUGCAUGCUACACCAAUCCAAUGCUUUCACAUUUGUGGGGACUAGUGAACGAGUGCACACUUCCGUAGGAAGGAGAGGUUAUUGCAGAUUCAAAUAAUCAAAGCUGGAUGAUUAGUUGAUUAUUUGAGGGCAAAAACCAAAACGUGCACCCCUUGGGGUCCCCAGCACCGAGUUUGGGAAACCCUGGGUUAUUGGAAUGAAAACACUGAGAAUCAUAAUUGCAUACUCCUCACUUCCUCUCUCCUCGCCUCCUUAUCAAAACCCAUUGGAGGAGGUCAGAGGGGCGGGACAUCUGGCUUUCUCAUCCAAUGGGUUUUGAGGAGGCGAGGAGAUGACGCAAGGAGUACGCAAUUCAAAUUCUCCCGUCUCCCGCUUCCUCUUAAUCUCACAUAGCAGUAUUUGUUAAUAAUGUCCACCUCUCUUUAUGCCCCCUAUUUAAACCCUAAUACUUUGUCCUUUACACUAUCCACAUCCUUCUUGUUCUAACUUUAUGCACUUUUCUAAUGCAUUAGUAUUUUGCCUCUUUCAAUCAUUCUGUUUUUAAUACGUACAAGUCACAGCAAAAUAAUAAAUAUGUUUUUAGUAUUUGACAUAUUAAGAUGGGCCUAUAUAUGUAUUGGUAUGUAUAUAUGAUAUAUGUAUAUAUGUGUAUAUACAUGUAGAGUACCAGUCAAAAGUUUGGAC